UGCGACCAUGGCCGCCGCCGGAGUCCUCGGCACCUUGCUGUUCCUUCGCUUCCCGUCUUAGUGUCUUGCGCGAGGGAGCCGAGGGGUGCUGGAGGGGUGGCGUGCAGGGCGUCUGCGUCGGGCUCACCCGGAGGGUGCGAGCGGGGACGCGUCGGAGGGUUACCUGUCCGGCUGCUGUAGACGCUCCUCCGCGCUGCUGUCGGUAUGGAACAUGAGACUGAAAAUAAUAGCUCAGAAUGUUCCUGAAGAAGAAAGUGUUUCCUUUGAGGUAGAAAUGGAAGGAUUUACAAGAGAGGGUCCCUGCUUCCCCAUUUUAGGUGACAAUUGGGACUGUGAGAACCAGGAAAGAAAUUUGAGGCAAUCUCCUUUAGUCGAUGAGAAGACAGAGGCUCAGGAAGCAAAUUGUGACCAUCUUAAUUUGGGGGAGCAUUUGAGUACAAACCCAGCCCUUCUACCAUCUCAGAGAAUAAACCGCUUCCAUGUUCAUAACUCAGAUAUUAAAACUUUUGAUUGUGACCAAACCAUACAUAGUUGUCCCCAGAAUUAUACAGUUAAGGGAACAGGUGACAGCGACGCUUGUGAAAAAAUCACCCAACCUUCCAUGGAAGUCACUCAACUUGUAAGGAACCAAACAAGAGAUAAACCCUAUAAAUACGCAGAAAGUAUUAAAUCUUUAAACUACUUUACCACUGCCCUUUGUGAUAAAAACAUUAAGAAAAGAAGCAAGAAACUUUACAAAGGUAAGGACUUUGGGGACAUCUCAGCCCUGAGCUCCUCUCUUAAUGAGAAGAGAAGUCAUUCUACUGAGAAACCCAAUAAAUGUGCUGAAUGUGGCAAGUGCUUCAAACGGAACUCUUCUCUGGUUUUACACCAUCGAACUCACACUGGUGAGAAGCCUUAUACCUGUAAUGAUUGUGGAAAAUCAUUCUCCAAGAACUACAACUUGAUUGUACACCGAAGGAUUCAUACAGGAGAGAAACCCUACAAAUGCAGCAAGUGUGGGAAGGCCUUCAGUGACGGAUCGGCACUGACGCAGCACCAGAGGAUUCACACGGGUGAGAAGCCUUACACAUGUCUAGACUGCGGAAAAUCUUUCAACAGAAAUUCAUCCCUGAUUUUGCAUCAAAGAACUCAUACAGGGGAAAAACCAUAUAGAUGUAAUGAAUGUGGGAAGCCCUUCACUGACAUCUCUCACCUCACGGUGCAUCUCAGAAUCCACACCGGGGAGAAGCCCUACGAGUGUAGCAGAUGCGGGAAGGCCUUCCGAGACGGCUCAUACCUCACUCAGCAUGAGAGGACACACACUGGAGAGAAGCCUUUUGAAUGUGUAGAGUGUGGGAAGUCCUUCAGUCGCAACUCUCACCUCAUUGUGCAUCAGAAAAUUCAUUCUGGGGAGAAACCUUUUGAAUGUAAAGAGUGUGGGAAAACCUUCAUCGAGAGUGCAUAUCUCAUCAGGCAUCAGAGGAUUCACACUGGUGAGAAGCCUUAUGGCUGUAACCAGUGUCGCAAACUCUUCAGGAACAUUGCUGGACUUAUCCGGCACCAGAGAAUUCAUACUGGUGAAAGGCCUUAUGAGUGUAAUCAGUGUGGGAAAGCUUUUAGGGACAGCUCCUGUCUGACUAAGCACCAGAGGAUUCAUACUAAGGAGACUCCGUACCAGUGUCUGAAGUGUGGGAAGUCCUUCAGGCAGAACACUCACCUGGUAGUGCAUCAGAGACUUCAUAACAGAGAGGGUCCCAGCCAGUGUCCUCACUGUGGGAAAAUAUUUAGAAGGAGCUGGUGUCUUGCCCGACAUCAGAGAACACACCUUGAAGAGCAGCCCACGGUAACGUAAUGGACAUGGGCCGUACUCUUCUUGAGUGAACAAGGGAUUUGUCUUUACAUGUGACUUCCCUUGCUAACAGAAAAGAAUUCUUUAUAAAAAAAAAACUGAAUAGGAGAUAUAUUAUAAUUGCAGUAAUACUGUUAUUAGGGAACUCCUGAAGAGAGGAUUGAAUGGUAAUCAAUGUAGUAAAGGCUUCAGGGAUGAUUCAGUCUAUACCAAACAUAUAGUGCAUACACUGAAAUAAAGCGCCUGUCGGUGAAGGAGGCAUUUUCCUAGAGAUACCCAUUUACCUUUACAUCAGGAUACUGAAACUGGAAAAAAAACCUGGAAUUCAUUCAGUAAGUAACCAGUAGGAGACAUCUUUAAUAGUAUCACCUUGUUGUAUACAAGCAAAUGCUUAUUAGAGUCAGUCAAAGCUUAUAAAUGUUAUUUGUAAGUGACAUUUUUGUCCAGAGGUUUUACUGUCCUGUUUCCACAAAGGCAUAGUGCUAGGACGUCUUUCACAGUGCUCUACAAACUACCCCAGGAUGUAGCUGGGUUUGCUGUUCGAAUGCACUUCUGUUUUAUGGCCCUGCCAGAACACAGAUGACUCACUUAAUGAGAUAGGAGUUGCUUGUGAUUGAAAUGAAGUUGUCCUUCUUAAGACUAAAAUACUCUCCAUGGUGGAAAGGGCCGCUUCUAAGAAAUAGGACCCAUUGUUUUAGGUGUUGAAUAAGAAAAUAUUGAAUUGUAUUUCAGUUAUCACCUGCCUUCACCAUUGUUGAUUAUUUCGGAUACUAAUUUGUGUAGAGUUCAGGUCUUUUGAAGCAAAAUCCAAAGGUUUCAUUGCUAUCCUAAAAAUGCUUAGAUCACUGCAAAAGAAGGCAUAAAAGUAGAUUUAUUAUAAUCAUGUAAGCAUGUUCAUAUUUGAUUGUAGGUUAGCAGUGGAUGAUGGAAUUAAGUGGCUUCUUAGGAGACUACAACUGUGUUGUUUUGCCUUUUUAUUUAUACAUUUUUAUGUACUAAUUUGGUAAUGUAUAUAAAAGUGAAGCUAAAAGGAAACAAAUUCGGAGUUUCUUGGAUCUUUGCCAGUGGAUAGAGGCCAAAGAUACCAUCAGAUAUCCUACAAAGGCUAGGUCAUGGUUACAGGAAGCUAUAAGCAUCUCCAGGUGUAUAUUGACAGAUGCUCUUCUGGAAUCAGAGCAUCCCAAAGCCUAGUCAUUUAUUUGGAAUUUUGGAUAUAAAGAUUAUGGCGCUGUAGAGGGAGAGGCAUAAGAGUCUUAAGGGUAUGGGAGAGAAAGUUACGGAAAAAUCUGGAAUAAUCUUAGCAUGUCCUUUCUCAGUGCAGUGUUAGCUGACUGAGAGCUUCAGAGGCCUCUGAUUCCUCCUGGAAAUUUUGUUUUGACCCUAUCUUUUAUCUUUUGGUUCCUGUGGAGAGAGAAUCAUAAGUCUAUUUUGAGAUAAUUAAGGCUGCUGAGUAGAUUCAUAAGGAAGUUAGACAUCCCAGUCUUCUGUAUGCAUGCCGUUGACGGAACGGCAGGAAGGUUAUCAUCUGAUAGGGAUGGAGAGAUAGUGGUAGAGAGUGCUUGAUAUUCUUCCAGAGGACCUGGGUUCAGUUCCUAGCACCCAUACGAUAGAAAGGGUCUGGUGCCUAGUGAAUAGAGGCCAAAGAUAUUGUCAGGCAUCCUAUAAAAAUAGCCCUUGGAACAGUUAUGAGUACUGUGAUUGGGACACACAAACACACACACACACAUACACACACGCACACACAAUCAUUUGUAACGUACAGAUUAUGUAUGAAUGAGGUAUUAGCAAAUACCUAGUGGACUGUUUAUAUUACUCAAGGGUGCAACACUUUGGUGUCUGUUACUCUCAAGUAAAAUAUGCAUGUACUAUUAGUGUUAGUAGUGUCCCUGCUUCUUGAUACUACAUUUCAGAUUCUGGAACAGGAGCUCUGAAAUUGUAGUGCGUCCACAUGGGAUUUGUGUGAGUGUAGAUUGUUUCCUCUUGCUCUUUUUUAAAAUUAGUUUUCUCAGAUGAUCUGGUAAAACUACUGUAGUGAAAAUAACUACUGUGUAGAAGAUGGACACUGUUGACUAAAGAGGGAAAGGUGAGAUUUGACUUGGGAGAGUUCCAGAUGACUUCCAGUGCAACCUGGGCAGUUUUCAGUGGUGGGCUUGCUGGACUGGGGAAUAGACAGGAGAGUGUACUGGACUAUCAGGAUGAGUACCAUGUACUCACACAGCCCUUACAUAGGUAGAGGAAACUUGGGCUGGAAUCAGAUGGAGAAAGUGAAGGUAGAGUAUUUUAAAGAAUGAACACUUACUUUACUUUUCCUGACUUUGAGGGGCACUUAACUUACUGUUCCUGGCUUUGAGGCUGGAGAAUCCGCACAUGAGUGGCUUCUGAAAGCCAGAGAGGUAAGAAAAUGGGUUCUUCCCCAGAGUCUCCCUAAAAGGAAUUACUCCUGUUCUUAUUAGUCUAUUGAGAUUGAGUGGAUUCAAGUCCUAAACGGCAAUAACUGAUGUGUGGUUUUAAGCCACAUUUUUCUUGUGUGGUAAUUUGUUAUAUUAUCUAUAGGUGAUAAACUUUGUUUGAUAAUUCUUUUUAGACUCCUCACUGAAGUGUGUUCUUUAAAGUUAAGUAAACUAACCCUUUCCACUCCAUAGCUAUAAAAAUUUUUUAAGGAAAAAAAGACGUCUCUUGGCUCUGUUGGCCUCUGUGCAUUCACCAUUUUAACAGUCCUGGAUUCUAUUACUAGCUUAGAGAUGUAAAUACUGUGAAUGUGCACAGGCGUACUCCUUUAAUGCCAGAACUCAGGAGGCAGAAGCAGAGGGAUCUUUUUAAGUUUGAGGCCAGCCUGCUCUACAAAGUGAAUUCCAGGUCAGCUAGGGGCUACCUAGUGAGAUCCUGACCCAAACAAGAAAUAAUAAUAAAAUAAAUUCUGUGAGUACCCAUUUGUGAAAAGAAAUCGCAGAAAAGAUAGAGCAACUUUCUUGUAACUGUAAUCCUACCCCUGUCCACUUGGUUGGCCAAGAAGAAGGCAUAUUUCAGCAUCAUGAAGCAUGUCCAGAGCCCAAGAAUGUCCAGAGCAGGGGUUACAGCCAACACGGAGAUUGGGAGCAUUUAUAAUUAUGGUCAGUGUCUUAACUAGUUGCCAUUAACCCACAUCCUUUUAAUUUUCAAGCUGUCGGUGUUCAAGUAUGCCGGCUUGCAGAUUGUUCACCAGCUUCAGUCUUUCUUAGUUCUGCAGCUGUAUAGAGAACUUGCAGUAAGGGUUGGUGUUACAGCAGAAAGCAGAACAAGGUGUUUACAGUUCAGCAGGGGAGAAAAGUGCACAGCAUGCAUCAGAUGGUGGUUGACGUCUGAGAGACAAGCAAAGCUGAGAGGGGGAUGGGAUGUCCAUGUUGGAUAAAUGUGAUUGCAGUUUUAAAAAGCUUGAUCAUUCAUUUCCCUUCCCAGUGAAAGGCAAUCACCUGUGUGACAUGUGAGGGUGUGAUGUCAUGGGACAAGAGGUUAGGCUUUAGGGAGAAGAAACCUUCCACCAUGUGAGUUACAGGGAGGAGCAAUUCAAUUAUAGACGGAACUUCUUUAUGAGCAGCAGUUAAAGAACUGGCUUCAUUGCAGAGGCAGAUGUGGAGAGCAAAACUUGGCGCCAAGGGUAAGUGCAGUUACAGGAAAACAUCUAUGAUUCUGAAGUUAAAUGGUUUCAGAAUAUGAGUAAUGAAGUCCUAGCAGAAGAAAAUAACAAGUACAUAAGUAUAUGCUUGUAUCUAUGCUUAAUAACCGGAGGUAUUCAGCAUUAAUGGCCAUUUCUGAUAAAAUAGACUAGUGUUCAAGUUUUAAAAAAUAAAGGGACUAUUGAGUGAUUCAUGAUAUCCUCACCAGGUUGUUCAGUCACUUCCAUUCUGUAAUUGCGGGACAUUGUUCGUUAUCCAUAGAGAAGCCCUUGGUGCCUCUUAGCCUCCUCCUGUUCCUCUGGCCCUGGCAGUCUCCAAUCUCCUUCCACUGUGUCGUUGCCAAUUCUUUACAUUGUACAUCAGUGGAAAAAUAAGACAUGUGGCCCUUUGUAACUUAAUUUCAUUUAGCAUAAUGUUUUCAAGGUUCAUGUUGUAUGUUCAAGGUCCUUUUUAUGGCUGAAAAGUAUUUUGCCACAGUAUGAUUACAACUGUAUCUUACUGGUUGCUGGAUCGUUGUUUGCUUUUGAGGAACCGAUGUCCGUUUAACGUUCUACUGAUGUGUGACUACUUUGACUUCUUCAUGUCCUUGCCUUAUUUAUUUUUUGCCUUAGUGGUGUGAAGUGUUAUCAUGUGGUUUGGGGAAAAUAAUUUAUAUAGUUGAAAAUCUAUACCUUAUUCCUUAUCCCAUGGAUCAGCAUUUUUUUUUCCUGCAAGGGAAAAAUCGUAUGUUAAACUGUAAAAUAUCAUUGCUGCAACUACUCAACCACAGAUGACUGUAAUGUGGACGUAGCUGUAGAUGAUUUGUAAGGAAAUGUGUGUGGAUAUGUCCAAUAAAAUUUUACAUAUGGACUCUGAUUUUUUAAAAAUUGUAUUUCACAGUGAAAAAUGCAGAAAAUUCAAGUUUCAUUUAUUAAAGGAAGCCAGGCCUGGUGGUGCUCACUUGUAAAUCUCAGCAUUUAGAGGCAGUGACAGGAUGAUUGCCACAAACAUGGACCACAUAGACUCAGUCUCAAAAGAAAAACAAAAGACAGAACUAUAAUAAAAUAUUCAUUGACCAAACCCACAAGAUUCGGAGUAGCGUUUACCCAGGGGCUGUAGUUUUAUAGACAAACUAUUUAAAUGGAAAGGCGUCUUGAAGCUUCUAGUUGAGAAUUUCAAACUUUUUAAAGUGAAAUGACUAUCAGAGAAGUUACAGUACACUUAAGAAUUCUUGUGUGUCCCUCCCCCUCGGACACUGAGCUGGGCUUCCAGCCUCUGCUCUGAUCUUCAGUUCUCAGCCUGUGAAACUCCUGGCCUUUGUUCUUUAGAGAACAAUACAGUAUGCUGCUCUCACCUGGAAGUGUUCCUGAUCGCUAGACUUGAAGAAUGCUGAUCUUAGCAGGCGACCUGCUGAGAGCGGAGCCUGCGAGCUCUGGGACUUCACCUCCAAGCCUGGGAGGAGGGGGUCCUUCCAAGCUAUAUAUUUAUUAACAUUUAUUAAAGUCUCAGUCUUGAUCGGCA